AUGGGCUUAUUCUCAAAAGCAAACGUUGCAUUCAAGUCAAACCAUACACCUCAAAGUUCAAUGGGUGAAACUGAAUUCCUGACUGGUACUUCAGAAUCUUCCUAUACUUCCAAUGAAAGUAAUAGUAGCUACAAUCCUCAACCAAUAUAUCGUACUGCUGUUCCAUUAAAACAAGACUCAACCACGGAAAGAUCUUCAUCACCAAUGUAUAGAAAGGCUCCACCACCAGCUACUAACUCAUCACCACAUUAUUAUCAACAGAAUCCGUCAUCUCCGAUGCAUCCUCCUCGUAAACCAAUAGCUUCAUCUAAUCCUCUGACUCCACUGAGAAAUCAACCACCAAAUACGAACUAUACAUUGAAUGCUAAUUUAUCACAACCAAACACUCCGUAUAUGCCGAGAGUUAAUCAUCCACCAAAUAAUCAUAAUAGUCAUAGUAGGAAUAAUUCUGAUAAUAAUAAUUCAUUUAAUGAUGAUUCCUUCAUGGUUCGACAACCUUCCAGAUCUGCAUAUUAUGUUCCCCAAUCACAACAAGAAGAAGAAGAAUCUGAAGACGACGAUGAAGAUGAUGAUGAAGAUGAAGAGGACGACGACGAGGAUGACGACGAGCAGUCUGUUUCAACAUCUUCAUCAUUCCAACCUCAACAGCAUCCGUAUUACGAACAAUAUAAACAGUACUAUGCUGCCAUGGCUCAACAACAACAAAUGUAUGGUGGCCAAUUCCCAAUGUAUGGUAUGCCUCAAGGCUUUAAUAAUCAAAUGUAUCCAAACAUGCCUUACAAUCCAUAUUAUUACGGUGGUAUGCCUAUGCAACAACAAAUUCCACAACAAUUCUCUGGCAUGCCUUCCCAACCACAAACACAAUUACAAGAUCCUCAACCACAACCACAACAUAGUAUCACAUCAAAGCAAAGAGUUGUUUCUAAAUCUCAACCAGAUUUACUCAAUAUAGUAGAAGAAAAUACACAAGCAAGGAGUGGAAAGACUUCAAGAUCAGUUUCUAGAUCAGAACCAGAUCUCUUAAAUACUGUUGCUCAGCAAGACGAAGUUCACCAGGAAAAUGUUAAACAAAAUAACGAUUUAUAUUUGAAAUCAUUAAAGGUAAGACAAAAGGAAACUAAAAAUAACGAUAAUGAAUUAAUAUCUAACUCCAGGAAAUCAUUAAUUAGAGCUAAUAGAUAUCCAUCAGAACCAGUUUCAUUAGCUCUGAGAGUUGAGUCUAUGAGUUCUAUCCAACCAAGUAAUAGAAUCUCAUCAUUAGCAUCUAAUUUCAAAGCUCAGGAAGUUCAUGAACAUGAACAUGAAGAUAUUGAUGAUGGGUUUGAAGAUACUACGCACGAGGAAUCAUUUGAAGAGGAUCAUACUGAACCACAAAUCGAAUCCGUCCCUCCAACUAUGCCUGCUUCUCAAUCGAUUGCAUUUAAUUUACUGGAAUUGAAUCUUUCUGAUAAGCAAAAAGGUAGAUACGUUUCUGAUUAUAUGCAAUUAUUCGAUGCUUAUGAUGAAGAAGAUGAAUCUGUAGAAGUACAAUGUAAAGAAUUGAAACCUGAGGUUCAGCAUACUCCAAUUCAACAUUCACAUGAGUCUUUAACUGACUUACAACCGGUUUCCCAUAAAUUUAGUCAAGAUAGUCAAAUCGAUCUUCACAGUUCACCUUAUUCAGCACAGUCAAACGAAGACUUUUCUAGAAAACAAUCAUCAACCUCUAAUUCAUCAUAUGGUUCAAUUCAAAGUGAAUCUGAUUUUAAAGUGGCUCCACCAAGUGAAGUAUCUGAAAUAUUACAUAAAGAACCACUGCCAGUACAACAACGUGUCAAAACCCCACCUGUUCAAGAGAAGAGUAAACCAAAAAAGAAAAAGAAAACACCACCACCUCCUCCAAUGGCAUAUACUUCUAAUUCUCAAUCUCCACCACCAGGUAUGAUGUCUCCACCAAUGGGACCGGUUGAUCCUAUGUUAAUGAAUCAUAUGAUGUCUAAUCCAUUCAUGAGUCAAAAUCACGCCAUGGGCGGUAUGUAUGAUAGAAGAAUGAGUAUGGUGAGUCUUAAUGGAGGUAAUAAUAGAAAUUCAAUGCUUAUGCCAAAUCAAAUGAUGAAUGAUAAAAGACAUUCCAUGGCAUAUUUACCCCAGCAGUUACUCCCUCCACCUCCACCACCUCCUCCUCAACCACAGUUUCAUAUUUCUGAUAGUACUAUUAAUAAAAAAGUUCAAGAAUUUAUCAAGUUACGUGUUUCGAUCAGAUCAGGUAAUAAAUCAAAUGAAAAUAGAAUCAAAUGGGUUAAGAGUUUAAUCACAGCUACAAAUUAUAAAUUAUAUUCAUUUAUUAAUAUCAAGGGAGAACCAAUUCCUCCAGAGUAUUCAGCUACUAGUAAGGGUAUAUUUGUCAGUGAAGCUAUGAAACAUCUCACAAGAUUAUUAAGAGAGUAUGAAAAUGAAAACAACGAUGCUUCAGAAGAAUGUAAAAGGGAAGCAUUCUAUAUGUAUGGAAGUCUUCUUAAGCAUGAUUAUGAUUAUUUGUAUAAUCAAAACUUCAACGUGCAAAAGAAUAUUCAAAUUUCAAUUGAAUAUUUUGAGAAGUGUUUAGAAUUGAAUCAUAAUGAUCAUGAAUCAAUGUAUAAAUUAGGUGAGAUAUUUGAAUAUGAAUUUCCGGAUGAAUUCUCAAAAGCUCUUCGGUAUUAUAAAAAAUCAGCAAAAUUAGGUUAUAAUAGAGCUAUUUACAAGAUUGCCAUGCUUUAUUUAGAAGUUCCAAGUCUUAGAUCAAUCAAGUAUUUCCGUUAUUUAAGAGAUUUGUCUUCGAUUGAUUUAAAUGAUAUUGUUGAGAAUGAAAAGGAUGAAUUCAGUGAAGUUAUAGGGUUAGCCUCAUAUCAAUUAGGUAAGAUUUAUGAAGGUAAAUAUCCUGGAGAUUUGAAAUUAGAAGAUGAGUUCAUUAUCCAAUCAUUAGAAUUGGCUCCUGUGAAUUAUUCGAAAGCUUUAACAUACUAUAAUAAAUCAGCUAAAUUAAGCUGUUUAUUAUCCCAAGUAAAAUUAGGUAAUGUUUAUGAAUUCGGGGAAUUGAAUAGACAAAGAAAUGCUGAUAAAUCAAUUCAAUGGUAUUUAAAAGCAGCAACAUCGCCAUUGUCAUUCAGAAGACAUCCCGAAGCCAUGGUAGGGUUAAGUAGAUGGAGUUUAAGUGGAUCACAAGGAGCAUCAAAACAUAUACCAGGACCAAAUCCUGAACGAGCCGUCAUGUGGUGCGAUAGAGCCAUCCAAGAAUUUGAAUCUGCAGAAGCAUAUUAUUUCAUGGGAGAAUUAAGUUCAAUGGGAUUCAGUACUAUUGCUCCUGAAAGUUGGUAUUCAAAAGCGUAUGAAUUGGGUUUUUUAGAAGCAGGUCAUAAAUUAGGUUAUAAAGAUGACGAAGAGGUUGAAGUCGAAGCUGAAGCCUAG